CAAAAACUAAUAUAUAUGGUUUCCGUUGCGAUUAUUUCCUUUUCGAGACGACAUUAACUCAUCGUCUUGUCUGUCUCCUUUCGCAGUUUGCCGCCACCUUUCAGCCACUUGUUGCUUAGCAACGCCCUCCUCCGCCCGUUUCACUACCGUCUCGCCUUCUUCUACAAAAUACACAUUCUUCUUUUCACAUAAACUUCAAAAAUUUUCUCCAUAUCCAGCAAUGGAAGUGAACUUGCAGUACUCACUCCCCCACCAUCACCAAUUCUCUCCAAAUUGGGGAUUUUCGGCUAUAAAAUCUAAUUCCUCCUUUAAACUCUUCCAAUCGUCAAAGCAAAGACCUUCUAAUAGUCUUUUCCACUCACUGAAUUCAGGUUUUCGAUCUUCGAACUCUAGAAUUUUUGUUUCCAAUUCGGUAACUAACCCUGAAACUGAGUUCUUAAGCUCUGUAAGUCCCGUUUAUGCACCUACGCCGCCUAACCGCGAGCUUCGUACUCCUCAUAGCGGGUAUCAUUUUGAUGGAACGACAAGGCAAUUCUUUGAGGGUUGGUAUUUCAAGGUUUCUAUUCCUGAGCGGAAGCAGAGCUUUUGUUUUAUGUAUUCUUUGGAGAAUCCGGCAUUCCGGAAAAAGUUGACGCCUUUUGAAGUUGCACAACAUGGACCUAGGUCAACUGGAGUCGGGGCUCAAAUUCUUGGGGCUUAUGACAAGUAUAUAUGUCAACACGUUGAAGAAUCUCAAAAUUUCUGGGGAAAUAGGCAUGAACUGGUAUUGGGGAAUACUUUUGUAGCUGAGAAAGGCAUGCAGCCUCCAACUAAGGAAGUUCCUCCUCAGGACUUUAGCAGAAGAGUUUCAGAAGGUUUCCAAGUCACCCCACUUUGGCAUCAAGGUUUCAUUCGCGAUGAUGGCAGGUCAGAUUAUGUGCAAACUGUGAAAACAGCACGUUGGGAGUACAGUACUCGCCCUGUUUAUGGAUGGGGUGAUGUGGGAUCCAAACAAAAGUCUACUGCAGGCUGGCUUGCUGCUUUUCCUGUUUUUGAACCCCAUUGGCAAAUAUGCAUGGCAGGAGGACUUUCAACAGGCUGGAUAGAGUGGGAUGGUGAAAGGUUUGAGUUCAAAGAUGCACCUUCUUACUCAGAAAAGAACUGGGGUGCAGGCUUCCCAAGGAAAUGGUUUUGGGUUCAGUGUAAUGUCUUUGAAGGGGCAAUUGGAGAAGUUGCUUUGACUGCAGCUGGUGGGCUGCGGCAAUUGCCAGGACUAACUGAGAACUUUGAAAGUGCUGCAUUGAUUGGAGUGCAUUAUGAGGGAAUUUUCUAUGAAUUUGUGCCAUGGAACGGUGUUUUAAAUUGGGAAAUUUCUCCAUGGGGUUACUGGUUUAUAACUGCUGAGAACAAAAGCCAUUUGGUUGAGUUGAAGGCAACAACAAAGGAUCCGGGAACAACUUUGCGUGCUCCAACGACAGAAUCUGGCUUUGCCCCAGCUUGCAAAGAUACUUGUUUUGGUGAUCUGAAAUUGCAGAUAUGGGAACGAAGAUAUGAUGGCACUAAGGGCAAGAUGAUUUUAGAUGUUACAAGUGAUAUGGCAGCAGUCGAAGUAGGAGGAGGACCAUGGUUUAACACUUGGAAAGGGAAGACAACUACACCGGAGCUUCUCAACCGUGCUCUUAAUGUUCCGGUCGAUGUGGAAGGGAUAUUCAAUUUUCUUCCACUGUUCAAACCCCCUGGUUUAUAAGCAGCUGGUUAAUUCAUUUAACAAAUGAUCUUUGCAAUUAGACACAGAAAAAAAGCCAAGCUAAGGUUCAGUGAUAUGUUUCUGUGAACCAUAUGCAAUUUCAUAAUUCAUGUUGUAAAAUUUGAAUUUUAAUCAAAACGCGCAAACUUGGAAAUAUUUGGUACUUCGUAAAUUGUUGUAAAUUUCAAUAAAUAACUGACUGAUAUAUGAUUUAA